AUGCCGCUCCCGACGAUGACCCACUCCUCCUCCUUCCUCCUCCCCUCCCCUCCGCCUCCGCCCGCCGACCCCGCCGACGCCGUCUCCUACGCCGUCGUCGUCCUCAACCAGCGCCUCCCCCGCUUCGCGCCCCUCGUCUGGACCCGCGCGCAGCUGCGGGUGUGCGCCGACGGGGGCGCCAACCGGGUGUUCGACGGCAUGCCGGACCUGCUCCCGGGCGAGGACCCCGACGAGAUCCGCGAGAGGUACAAGCCCGAUGCUAUCAAGGGAGAUAUGGACUCUAUAAGGCCAGAAGUGAAGGAAUACUAUUCCAAUCUGGGUGCCAAAAUAAUCGAUGAAUCACAUGAUCAGGACACUACAGACCUGCACAAAUGCAUAUCGUUCAUCACCACAAAUCCACCUGGCCCCGAUAAUUCUAAUCUAUGCAUUCUUGUUCUUGGCGCACUUGGAGGAAGGUUCGACCAUGAGAUGGGCAACAUCAAUGUAUUAUAUCGCUUCUCAAGCAUCAAGAUCAUCCUCCUGUCAGACGACUCCUCGAUCUUUCUGCUCCCAAAGACGCACAGUCACGAGAUCCAUGUUGAUCCAUCGAUCGAGGGUCCUCAUUGUGGAUUGAUCCCCAUGGGUGCACCGUCAAGUAGCACCACCACUACAGGGCUCCGGUGGAAUUUAGAUAACACCAGCAUGAGCUAUGGUGGAUUGGUAAGCACAUCAAACAUUGUGGACGAGGAGAAAGUAACGGUGACUUCUGAUUCUGAUUUGAUUUGGACAAUAUCGCUUCGGAAACAUGCUUAAAUUGUACUAUAUUGUACAGUAGACUAUGGUCCAAUUUUUGGCUCGUCAAAUUUGCGUGAACAAAGUCAGCAAUUGUUACCGUGAUGUGAUGAUAUGUUCCAUUUCAUUGGAAAUCUGGCGUCAGUAACCUGAAGAGAUGGGUGUCCGCGUAUGUUAGCGCCUUGUUUUUGUAUCUGUGCAUUUCAUAUUGUGAAAAUGCAACACGUUGUUACAUUAUGGUUCAAGCUAUCGACAUUGAAGCAGUCCAUUCUUUGGAUAUGUAAUCUGAAGUUCUAUGCAUGUCGUAGAGAAAUUGCUCGUGGA